CAAAGCGACUAACUAUACAAGUCAUAUCAUCAAAGUGGUCGGUCACAUGGAGCAAGAAACGGCUGCGUCAAAGUGGGAGGGAAAACAAGCCGUCCAAGUCAACGGGGUCACGGUGGAGCAAGCCUGGUCAGUCGUUUCAGACUUCUGCAAUGUUCACGAGUGGUUCCCAACUGUUGACACGUGUCACAGAGUGGAAGGAACCGAUGGUCAGGUGGGUUUGGUCCGAUACUGCGCCUCCAACAAAAUCAAAGACGAGGAAAUCAAAUGGGCUAAAGAGCGUUUGGUCGAGAUCGAUCCAGUCGGGCGGUGUUUGAGCUACGAGGUCCUUGAAAAUAACGUGGGGUUCGGAUCUUACGUGGCGACGGUCAAAGUGGUGCCAAUGGACGGUGGAGAUGAAUCGGAUGGAAAAAUCUGUCGAAUCGAGUGGUCGUUUGUGUCCGAUCCUGUUGAUGGUUGGACGAAGGAAAACCUUGAAUCCUACGUGGGUUUUUGUCUUCAACAUAUGGCGGACAAAAUGGAAAUGAAUCUGUAAAACCUUUUCUAUGCUUUUCUUGAUAAAAAUAUGUCAAAAUCUCAUUGUGAAAUAAAGAUACAUUCGAUUUGGUGCUUUUUCUAUCAUGUAUCAUCUAUGAUUGUAUGAACUUUAUUUUUUUCCUGGAUUUGUUGUAUUCUCUGGAUU